GUCUGUGCUGCUGCACCGCUACAGCCCAGCUCAGGCUCGGGAUCAGUUCAGCGAACAGAAAAGUUGGCGAAAGUUGAUCGAUUUUCCGCUUUAGUCAUUUUACCGAGGGCCCGGGGAUGUUGAGACAUUGGGUAACAUGUCACCGACUGAAGUCCUACUUGUGGCUGCCCCGGGCCAUGGGAAGCCUGAGCCCGGUCAGUGUCUCAGUGCUGGACCCUUCCCGCUGUAACUCCCAUUCCCAACCCCAUUGUCAUUCCCAAACCCAUUCCCAAUCCCAUUCCCAUUGUCAUUCCCAAUCCCAACCCCAUUCUCAUUUCCAAUCCCAUUGUCAUUCCCAAUCCCAAACCUAUUCCCAAUCCCAUUCCCAAUCCCAUUCCCAUUGUCAUUCCCAAUCCCAACCUCAUUCCCAUUUCUAUUCCCAAUCCCGAUCCCAUUGUCAUUCCCAAUCCCAAACCCAUCCUGAUUACUAUUCCCAAUCUCAAUCCCAUUGUCAUUCCCAAUCCCAAACCCGACCCCAUACCCAAUCUAAUUCCCAUUGUUAUUCCCAAUCCAAUUUUUAUUCCCAAUCCCAUUCUCAUUCUAGUCCACUGGGUUCUUACUGUUAUCAGAAUCCAAUUUCUCAAUCCCAUUCUCAUUGGAAUCCAAAUCGCCGAUUCCAUAUUGUAAAUACUCGGUCUCUGACAACAGGGCAGAAAACUGUGCGGAUUGGCUGUGCAUCCGGCUUUUGGGGGGACACUGCGACUUCUGUUCCACAACUGGUGUUUGGUGGAAACCUGGAUUUUCUGGUGUUUGAUUACCUCGCUGAGAUCACCAUGUCGCUGCUCGCUGCUGCUAAAGCCAAAUCUUCUAACCAUGGAUAUGUGCCAGAUUUUGUGGAGGUUGCUAUGGUCCCAUUUAUUAAGGAUAUUCAUAAAAGAGGUAUUCGUGUCGUCUGCAAUGCUGGAGGUGUGAAUCCUCACGCUUGUGCUACUGCUCUACAACAAGUUGUGAAGAAAGCAGAUCUGGACUUGAAGAUUGGAGUCGUGACGGGCGAUGAUUUAAUGUUGAUGAAAGAUUUGCUGAAAGAAGCAGGCAUUACUGACAUGGAUAAUGGAAGUCCUUUCCCUGCAAAUGUUCAAAGUUUGAAUGCAUAUUUAGGUGCCAAACCAAUCAGCAGAGCUCUGGACCUUGGAGCUGACAUAGUCAUAACUGGCAGAUGCGUCGACAGUGGCAUUGCUCUGGGACCUCUUAUUCAUUCUUUUGGCUGGAAGCAAGAUGAGUUUGAUCUGUUGGCUGCUGGAAGUCUUGCAGGUCACUUGAUAGAGUGUGGAGCCCAGUCUACAGGUGGAAUAUUUACUGAUUGGCACCGAGUUCCUGACUGGGAUAACAUUGGUUUUCCAGUGGUUGAGUGUUCCUCUGAUGGAAGUUUUGUCCUUUCUAAACCACCUAAAACGGGAGGAUUGGUUUCAUUUGGUACUGUUGCUGAACAGCUCGUCUAUGAAAUAGGUGAUCCCCGACGUUACCAAUUACCUGAUGUCACCUGUGAUUUCUCCCAGGUCACCCUGUCUGAAGUGCCAGAUGUAGAAGGUGGAGCAGUACGGGUUCAGGGAGCAAAGGGAUUGCCUCCAUCUGACAAUUACAAGGUUUGUGCUACAUAUUUAGAUGGGUACCGAGCCACAGCUGUCUGCCCAGUUGGAGGAUCUCGAGCUGUAGAAAAAGGAAGAAGAACAGCAGAAAGUAUUUUGAAGAGGGUACGACGCAUGUUCAAACAGAUGGGUCUGGAUGACUUCAAAUCAGUUAAUGUUCAGAUUUUGGGAUCUGAAGAAAUCUAUGGCAAGCAUGCUGUAAAGAAGACAGAUAGUCCUCGUGAAACUGUUAUAUGGCUGGCUGUUCAUCACAUGCAGAAGAAAGCCCUAGAAGUCUUUUCCCGUGAAGUUGCACCAGCUGGUACUGGAAUGGCGCCAGGUCUAACUGGAAUUGUUGGAGGAAGACCCAAGGUGUCUCCUGUUCUGAAGCCGUUCUUCUUUUUACAUCCAAAACAGAAUGUUGCGAUUGAUAUAUUUCUGAAUGGAAAGCACUUAGAAAUGUUUAAAGAGGAUUUGAACUAUCCACCGUUACCUGCUCUAAAGGAAAAUAUAGAACAGAAUGAGGAUGACCUAAAAGAUUUACCAUCCGGCCCUUGCAGUUAUCGAUUAGAAGAACUAGCCUACACAAGAAGUGGUGACAAAGGCAACACUGUCAAUAUCGGAGUCAUAGCUCGGCACCCUCUCUAUUACCCUUACCUGCGGAAAGCUGUGACUGCCAAGGCUGUUGAAAACUAUUUCCAACACCUAAUACAGAGCGAAGAUUCUGACAGGAAGAUGGUAACGAGAUUUGACCUUCCGGGAAUCCAGGGAUUAAAUUUCGUGCUGAGAAAUUCUUUAGGUGGAGGGGGCAUAGCAUCUUUAAGGAGUGACCCACAGGGCAAAGCAUAUGGACAGAUGCUACUGGACUUUCAAUUGAAACACGUUCCUGAUCUGAAGACUCUAAUAGACGAAUAGUCAAGAUCUAGGAUAUCGAGAGAUUGCAGGACUUCUUGCCUCAGUCCUACUUGAUGGUGCACCCGUACAAAGAUACAGAAACUGUGCCUCACUUUUAUUUUCUCUGCAUAUAGAGAGAAUAACGAGAUUUUUUUUAAGUAUCAAUUUUGUCACUUUUAAACUUUCUUUCACUAUUUGACACUUUACCCAACAUUAAUUAAAUCUUUGUAUAUUAAUAAUUACUAAUUAAAUAACGAAUCAAUUUCUUUAUAUGGGAUUUGCAUCCUGUAUUUAAUUAAAUCAAGUUUGCAGAUCAGAACGUUAGCAAUGCCACUGUUGAGCCGAUUGAACAAGGCAAGCAUGCCUUUUUAUUUUCUGUAAUCGACCUUAACAUUUGCAAAUUAAUGAAUUUAAAAAACAGAUCGAAAGCUGCAAAAUGCCUAAAGUAAAGUACAAAAGCCUGUUAUGGACAAGAUGCUGUUGGUAGCUAUGUAAUUGUAAUUGGUCAGUUGAAAAGACGGGUUCCAUAGAACACGGAAUCAAUUUGAUAAUUUUUUUAAUCAGGCAAAUUGCUCAGGUACCAGCAAUGUAGUACCAUUCCAAAUGGCCCAGACGGCACAUGUUCACAGUGCAUCACUUUGCUUUGGGACUGCACGCACAUAAGACCAUUUCUAUCUUAAUAAUGUCACAUUUGAAUUUAGAUUCAUUGCACUGUAAAUAGGUUUAUUCAAUAAAAGUGAUUUUAAUUGCA